GGCUUCGAGCGGUACACGAACGCGCCAUCAGUGAAGUAGAGCGGAUGAAAAGUUGUCGUCAACAACGCGCCAGUCUAGCCGCUCUUGGGACGCAAGGCAACGGAUAAUCUCUUCUUCAUAAACUGGCUGAGCCCUGAGCCCGGAGAUGCCGCUGCUCCACAGGAAGCCCUUCAGGAGGCAGCCGCCGCCGCCCGGCCUCAGAGCCGAGGAGGAGGUCUUCCUCUGCAAGAUCACCCACGAAGUAUUCCGGACCUACGAUGAGUUCUUCGAGAGAACCAUCCUGUGUAACAGCCUGGUGUGGAGCUGUGCGCUCACCGGCAAAGCCAGCCUCACAUACCUGGAAGCCCUGGAGAGCGAGAGGAGGGCCCGCCAGAGCUUGCAGAGCUUCUCCCCGGCCCUGCUCCUCCCGCUGCUCCACCUGGUGGCGGCCAGCCGCCGCUGCAGGCUGGCCGAGCUGUGUGACGACGUCUACGGCUUCGUCAAAGAGCGCUUCUUCCCCGGGGAGAUGGUGGACGUCAUGGAGCGCUCUGGACUCAGACAUGUGUGCGAGGUGCUGGAGGUGUUGCCCCCCCACUCCAAUGGGAAGGGGUCCGCGGCUCUGAACGGUCACUCCAAGCCAGCAGGGGGCGACACCAUUGUCAUCAGCGACAAUGAAGACGAACCCAACGACCAUAGUGGGCCGAUGAGCGCCCCGUUGGGUCAAAGUAAGACGAGUCCUCUCCCCGCGUCCAUGUUCUGCUACUCUGUACGGAGAAUGAAGGCGGACGGCCAGCAGUCAGUGGUGAAGUCCAACCAGAUCAGCCGGAAGAAGAACACGCUGUCCCGGGAGAGGCUGAAGCUGCUGUUCAAGCAGCACUGUGAGCCGCAGUACGGAUCCAUCACGCUGAAGCCCUCCACCAUACUGAAGUACACUCUGGCCGACCAGACCUUCUCCCAGUUCUUUCCCGACGAGCCAAACUUCCCGUUCAGCCCACCGCCCAAAGGCAGAGGCUCGCUCCACGGAAUCGGCUCGCCUGGCAGGAUGACAGAGAAGAGGAGACUGGAGCAGCAGAAGGAGGAGAUGAUGGCGGCCAUGCAGGAGCAGAGCAGACUGAAGAAGGACCAGGAGCUGCAGGAGGCCAGGAGGAGAGAGAGGGAGGAGAUGAGGGAGAGGAUUGAGGAGGAGAAGCAGCGGAGAAGGGAAGAGAAGGAGCGAAUGAAAGUGGAGAAGGAGAGGGAGAGGGAGAAGCUGAAGGAGGAGAGGAAGCGCUACGCAGAACGCCAGAAGCUGUGGAACAAACCUCGAGAGGACAUGGAGCUUGAAGACCUCAAGGAGCUGCCCAGCCCGGUGCCGGUCCAGAGCCGUCUCCCGGCCGUGGUGUUCGGAGAGGCCCUGAUGGUGGUGGAGUUCCUCAGGGUGUUUGGGGAUCUGUUCGACCUGCAGGACGAGUUCCCCGAUGGAGUCUCACUGGAGGUCCUGGAGGAGGCCCUGGUGGGCCGGGACCCCGAGGGCCCGCUCUGUGAGCUGCUCUUCUUCUUCCUGUCGGCCAUCCUGCAGGCACUGUCCGAGGAGGGCGAGGAGGCGGCCAAGGAGCAGCGGGCCGACGAGCUGUCCGAGGUCCUAGACGACGAUGCUGACCACACCCACUCCGCCAUCAGUGCUGUCGCCUUAUUGGCUGCUGCCUGGCCACAGCUGCACCAGGGCUGCAGUCUGAAACAGCUGGACCUGGACAGCUGCACCCUCUCUGAGAUCCUGCGUCUUCACAUCCUGGCCUCGGGGGCCGACUGUAACCACGGCAACGCCAAGUUCCGCUACCAGAAGCAGGGGGGCUUCCUGUCGACGGACGACCCGUGUGUGGAGUUCCGGCUGGCCCACCCGGCGCUGGUGAAGAAGUUGUCCUCCACCGCGGUCUACGACCUGACGCCAGGGGAGAAGCUGUGUGUGCUGCAGGCGCUGUGCGGGAAGCUGCUGACGCUGGUGUCGACCCGCGUGCUGAUAGAGGACAGCGCCGAGGAGCACAGGGCGGCCCGGCACGAGCUCAGGGAGAUCAGGGCAGAGCAGCACCGCAGGGAGCGGGAGGAGGCCGCCUUCAGGGUUCGCCAGCGGAAGGAGGAGAAGCUGAGGGAGCAGGAGCAGCGCCUGAAGGAGAAGGAGGAGCGGAUCAGAGAGGAGGAGAGGAGCGGCAUCACUGUUGAGGAUGAAGAGGCAAACUCCAAGAAGAUGAAAGCCCAACUGAACCAGAAGGAGAGGCUGCAGCAGACCGAGCUGGGCGCCUACGUUUCUCCUCUCUCAGCGGAGAAGCUGGAGGAGGAGCAGAACAUGGUCCGUGAGCUCCAGGACUGCAUCCAGAAGGCGGCCCACCGGACGUCCAUGGUGCCGCUGGGCAGAGACCGGCUGUACCGCCGCUACUGGCUGCUGCCCUCCACCCCCGCCCUGUUCGUAGAGGAGGACGGCUUCGCCCUGACGGAGGACAUGCUGCUCCCUCGGCCUGCAGCGGAGGAGGAGGAAGAGGAGGAGGAUGAAGAUGAGGAGGACGAGGAGGAGGAGGGACAAGGGGCAGAUGGCGAAGAGCAAGCUGAGCGGCCGGGCCCCGCCCACGCCAGCGGGCCCCCGGUCACGCGGCCCAACCAGUGGGCCUACUACAGCUCCAUGGAGGAGGUGGAGGUGCUGCUGGAGGCCCUGAACCCGCGGGGCCAGCGGGAGGGCGGCCUGAGGGACGCCCUGCUGCAGGAGAGGGACCGGCUCCAGGUGCUGCUGGACGGCAACGCCGCCGCCGUCCUGGCCCGCCAAGGUGACAGCGCGGUGCUGUCCCCUGCUGAGAGCUACCUAGAGACGCGGCUCAGAGACCUGCUGCUGGAUAUAGAGGACAGGAUCUACCAGGGCACUCUGGGAUACCUGAAGGUGAAGGAGCGCACGGCCUGGAGGAGUGUGCUGGAGAAGGGGCGCUACGAGCUUCUGAGCUCCGACGGGAAGGAGGCUGGAGGGGCGGAGCCGAUGGAGGUCCAGCCAACCAGAGCCAGAGACAGGCUCCAGGGCCUGAGGGCGGAGGGGGGCGGGGGCAGCGGCAGCGUGACCCCCCAGGGGGUGAGCCCCGCAGUGCGGUCCCUGGCCCUGGCGCUGGUCCAAGUGGAGCAGGGCAUCGAGAGGAAGUUCCUCAAGGCUCCGCUGGGAGAGGAAGAGAAGAAGGAUCUGAAAUUGAUUAAGAAAAGCAAGAAGAAAGAUGAAGAGCAGGCCAGUGAUGACGGCAGCGAGGGUCGAUUGGUGAAGACUGUGUUGGAGCGUUGGAGGGAGUCUCUGAUGGCGUGUUCUAGUCUGUCCCAGGUGUUUGUCCAUCUGUCCACCCUGGAGAGGAGUGUGAUGUGGUCGCGCUCGCUGCUCAACACGCGCUGUAAGAUCUGCCGCCGCAAGGGAGACUCGGACGCCAUGCUGCUGUGUGACGGCUGUGACCGAGGACACCACAUGCACUGCCUGAGACCCCGCCUCAAGGCCGUCCCGUCCGGAGACUGGUUCUGUCCGUCCUGUCGACCCAAGCAGAGGUCCGGCCUCUCCUCGGCCCGUCAGCGCUCCUCCAGCCAAUCAGAGGAGGAGGAGGAGGAGGAGGAGGAGGAGCUCGUCGUAAAGAGCAGCAAGAGUAGCAAAGUCAAAAUCUCUCCACGUUCCAAGCCGGCCACGCCCAGCAGCAACCAGACCACGCCCAAAGCUAGCUCCGCCCCCUUGGGGAAGGGCUCGUCAGCGAACAGGGCUUCUGGGAAAAAGGCCACGCCCUCCUCCUCCAGGGCAGGGGCGGGACCCAGCGGCCGGACCCCAAAGCUCCAGAACGGGGUGACCUCUCCUCCGAGCAACGCCCGGAAGAGACCCCUAGCAGCAGAGAAGACCCCUUCGCCUAAAGCCCCCCUGCCCAUCCUCACCGUGCUCCCGCCCUCCUCCUCCUCCUCCUCCUCCUCCCGUCGCUCGUCGGGCCGUAACCAUGGCGUCCACGAGCUGUCUGCCUGCGAGCGUCUUACAGUGGAGCUGGUCAGACACGAGGACAGCUGGCCCUUCAUUAAGCUGGUGUCCAGGACACAGCUUCCGGACUACUAUGAGAUCAUCCAGAGGCCCAUCGCCCUCAGCAUCAUCAGAGAAAAGGUCAACAACUGUGACUACAAGACCUCAGCCCAGUACAUGGAGGACGUGGAUCUGAUGUUCUCCAACUGCCUGCAGUACAACCCCCGCCACACCAACGAGGCCAAGGCCGGCGUGCGCCUGCAGAACUUCUACCACGCAGAGCUCGCCAAGCUGGGUCUCCCCCAGCCCCGAGACCCCGCCCCCAAGCGCCCCAGGAUGUAAACCCAACGCACCUGACCUCUGAACUCUGGGCUGCCGUUCAUCUGACCUUCGUAGCAAGAGGCUUCACAGCAAAUCUACCUGGCUAGCAUUGUUCUAGACACCUUGCUAGCAUCUUUCUAAAGACCUGGCUAGCACUGUUCCUACCUAAUAGCUUUAAACUCUACCUGUUCGUCUACCUGUAGAUAUCAGAUCUACUUGUAGCUUUACCUGUAGAUUGAAACUCUACCUGCAGCUUUUGGCUAUAUCUGUAGCUCUACUUAUAGUUCUACCCGUAGCUCUACCCGUAGCCCUACUUGUAGCUCUACCCGUAGCUCUACUUGUAGCUCUAGCUGUAGCUCUACUUUAAGCUCUACUUGUAGCUCUACCUGUAGCUCUACUUUAAGCUCUAUUUGAAGUUCUACCUGUAGCUCUACUUUAAGCUCUACUUGUAGUCCUACCUGUGGCUUUUACCUUUACCUGUAGCCUAAAGCUCUACCUGUGACCUUACCUGUAGCUAAGAACUCGGCCUUUGGAGGUCAGCCUGUGUUUUUCCUAAAUGAGUUUCUCUCAAGGGCUAUGGUUAAUCCCAGGUCGGCUGAACCGUUCGGGUCCAUUUCUUAGACGAUGUUCGACUAGUGUUCUUUGUGUCUGGAGUGGACUUCAGUCCCUCCGGUGGUGCAGGACCCCUACAGGGGGUCUCGUCGUGUGUGUGGUCCACGUGGACCGGACCGGUUUGAAUCAUUCCCAGGCGACGGAGGCGGGAGGUGUGUCUGGGUCCGCUCAGGGAACCCCGGUCUUCCAGUGUGUUCUAUUUUUAUAUUCUAGACUACUAAACCUAACGGGUGUGUUGUGACGUCCUGGAGUAGGACGGUAACCCAAUCACGAGGCAGGAGCUGUGUUCUGUUCCGUAAGACGCAUUCCCAUUGGCCAGGCGGAUCCCCUGCCGUCAGCCAAUGAGCAUCCAGGAGCCCCUGAUCUGUUAUUUAUUUUGCGGUGAUUCCAUCCUUUUGGCUUUAUUUAUGACGACGUUCUAGUUUUGGUUGCAACUGCAUUUUGUGUUCAAUACUUUGAUCUCCCUUAGAAUUUAUAGAAACGUCCGUUGGCUAGAAUUUUCUGUUGUGUACAUUGUUUUAAUAAAUUUUCUUUUUUCUUUUUUUACAUGUUUACCAGUCCUACUGAUGUCACUGUGGUUCCACUGUGAAUCGAUCCCACUGUUGUACAAACAAUAAAUCUAGGUUUCAUACAA